AUGACAUCUGAAAGUUUGCCCACGAAAAAGCCGUUCUUCGGUAUGACAGGGGGAUGGCUCACGUUCUGGCUUACGGUUGCAUGUGCGACGGAUAUGACGCUGUUCGGCUACGAUCAGGGCGUCUUCAGCGGAGUCGUCGUUACCCAAGACUUUUUGGAGCUUCACGACCUAGUCGGGCCCGGGAAAACCAAGAUUCUUUCCACAGUCACCGCUAUUUACGAUGUCGGGUGUUUUUUUGGGGCCAUCAUUGCCUUCACCGCCGGUGAGAGGCUGGGGAGAAGGAACACAGUCCUUUUGGGUACAUGUGUCAUGGCUGUCGGCGCACUUAUUCAGACAAGUUCAUACAGCCUGGCGCAGAUGUUUGUGGGACGAAUUGUACUUGGUUUCGGGAAUGGGAUCAACACGGCAACGGCUCCAAUCUGGCAAACUGAAACUUCUCAAGCAAAGCGGAGAGGCAACCUCGUCAUCUUGGAGAUGGCCAUGAAUAUCGCAGGCUUCGCUUUGGUCAACUGGAUCAACUACGGUCUUUCCUUCAAAGGCGGAUCCGUUGCCUGGCGGUUCCCGUUGGCGUUCCAAUUCUUCUUCAUCUUCAUCCUCUGGGGCACGGUUCCCUGGUUGCCCGAGUCGCCACGCUGGCUCAUCGGCCAGGGUCGCAUGGCAGAGGCCAAGGCGGUAAUCGCAGCUCUCGAAGCCAAGACGGAGAACGACGCGUACGUCAUGGAGCAAUUCCAGACCAUCGAAUACAGCGUACGCUACGAAGUGGAACACGCCAUCAGGUGGAGAGACCUCCUCCGUGGACGCAACACGGGGUCUACCAAGACGAUUCGGCGGCUGGUCCUCGGUGCGGGCACACAGUUCAUGCAGCAGUUUGAAGGGAUCAACAUAAUGUCGUAUUAUUUCCCGACGGUACUGAUCGAGUAUGUUGGUGUGUCGAACUCAAUGGCGAGGUUGCUGGCGGCUUGCAACGCGACAUCGUAUCUUAUUUUCUCGUGCGUGGCGAUUCCAUUGGUUGAGCGAUGGGGACGGCGGAAACUCAUGAUGCUCUCAACGGCUGGCCAAGGGUUUGCAUUCCUCGUCAUAACAAUCCUCCUGCGCUUCUCGACGUCGAGUGCCAACGGGCAGGCAUUCGCCUCUGCCUCGAUCGCCUUCUUCUUCCUCUACUACAUUGCCUUCGGCAUAGGAAUGCUUGGCGUCCCCUGGCUCUACCCGACAGAGAUCAGCAGCUCCCCAAUGCGGACGAAAGCCGUGGCGGUAGCGACGGCAACGGACUGGAUCACGAAUUUCGUCGUCGUCGAGAUCGCGCCCAUCGGCAUCCAAAGCCUGGGGUGGCGGUUCUGGAUCGUAUGGACCGUCUUCAACGCCGCCUUCCUGCCAGUCAUUUAUUUGUUCUACCCCGAAACAGCGAACCGUAGUCUCGAGGAUCUUGAUGAGUACUACCGCACCGACCCUUCCCCGAUCGUGAUCAGAGACCGGAAUGCCAUUUCUACGAAGAAGCCGGGCGUGAGGGCUCAUGUGGAAAAAGUCGAUGCUGCUUGA